CCGCUCUCUUCAAAAUCCUCUUCAGACUGCGAUAUAUCCUUGCCUCCCGGCGCAGAUGUCUCGCCUCAGUCGUAUUUCUGCACGGCCCCUACUUAGGUCCUUCAUUACUUCUCAAUCAUCAGCAUGCAAAGGUUGUUUUCUGCUGCGCAUUUUGUCCCCCUUCUUUCCUAGUAUCCUGCGCAAUCGGUCACGCACACUGGCUACGAAGUCAGUCUCAUCACAUGAGCACUUCUUUCGAUACACGAGUGGUCGCUGGCUAUGGGAUGAAGAAAGUCAGCUACGUGAACGGUUCCUCGUGUUCAAUGUGGAAGAGCUGCAGCGAAUCGCAGCCGAAAGCGUUAGGGCGCGAUCCUGUGUGUCCAUGACCAAACUCGCUGAAGGUGGAUACAACAAAGUAUUUCGACUGGUUAUGGACAACGGAUCUGUUGCGAUUGCACGUUUACCCAACCUAAACGCUGGUCCUGCACAGAAGACGACUGCUUCUGAAGUUGCAACCAUGGAUUUUGCAAGAACCGUACUUAACAUCCCCGUUCCAAAGGUUUUCACAUGGAGCGCAGUAGCAAGCAAUCCUGUAGGAGCUGAGUAUAUUAUCAUGGAGGAGGCAUCAGGAACCCAGCUACUUGAUGUCUGGGGCAGUAAAAAAGUUUCCGAAAAGAACAAAAUCGUGGAAGGCGUAGUCAAGAUUGAGAAGAAGCUGCUUUCACUAUCUUUCACACGGUACGGCAGCAUUUACUUCGCAAGUGAUGCGUUUCCAGGCUGUGAGCCAGCCAACGUCGUGGGCGAUAUUCCUGCAGAUAUGAAAGAAAUUGUGCAAAGGCGUUUCGUCAUUGGACCAGUUGUCGACAGAGAUUACUGGAACGGGGAGCGCGCGUUCAUGGCCAUUGACAGAGGCUCUUGGGCAAACCCACAGGAUUAUCUCAAAUCCAUAGCCAAUCGGGAAAUCGCGUGGCUGCGCAGCUUUGCUGUCCCAAAACCACCAAACGAUGUAUUUCUCCCAUCUGAAGCUCAGAAUUCGCCAAGUUCCCACAUCUCGCUUUACGAAAUGUUCCUGCGUAUGGUGCCAUACCUUUUGCCCAAGAAGAAGGAGCUCUCCAAAUCCACCCUUUGGCAUUGGGAUCUCCACUCCGCCAAUAUCUUCGUGGAAGGCAAUCGAAUCACCAGUAUAAUUGACUGGCAGGAUACAUGGGCUGGUCCUCUAUUCCUUCAAUUCCGUCAUCCAAAACUCGCGGAUUAUAACGGAGAAGUUCUGUUAAAGCUUCCAGAUGAUUACGAGAUCCUAGAGGGCGACGAGAAGGCUCGCACGAGAAAUCAGGUUGAGAAGUCGAUCGUGCUGUACCAUUAUGAAACGGAAACUGAAUCAGUCAAUCCGUUGCUGAGCGAGAUCCUCCGCAUACAUCAGGGCCGAACCAGGAGAGAGACGGUGCAGUUUGCUGCGAACACUUGGGAUGGAGAUAUUUUACCCUUUCGGCAGUGUCUCAUUCGACUCGAGCGAAACUGGGACGAGCUGGGCUUCGACUCUCCUUGUCCAAUACAUUUCACAGAAGAGGAGCUGGAGGCCCAUUACAAAGACGGUGAAGGGUGGAAUGAGCGAGCGGACUUUUGGGAUUCGAUAGCUGGGCUCGUGGGCCGCGAUGGAUGGACUUCCAAUGAGACGUACGAGCAGGCACUUGAGAUGUUUGCUGAGCUCAGGGCGGAAGGGUUGAAGAAUCUUACUGGAAAGGAUCGGGUUGAUUUUGAGGCGCAGACGAAAUGGGCUGCGAGAAAGACGGAUUCGGGUGGAAUAUGACGCGUUAGUAGAGGGGAACUCCUCUCUGGUAGAUUUGUUGCUUGUUUAGAACAAUGAACCUGCUUGAUAUUGUAAGAAUAGUCAGAAAUGCUGUAUAGGAUCACACCUCUCAUUGUUACUGUGCAGCCUAUUUGCUUGUG